AUGGAUCGUCUGCCUCGUGCUGUGACCCUCCUCACCGCUCGCGUCGAGGGCCUCAAGAUACCAGCCAGAGACACCGCUGCUGCAACACAACCUACAGUGCGUCUGGACAACGGCGCGUUCGUUGGCACCGUAAAUGGGAGCGUCAAGCGUUUCUUGGGCAUUCCAUUCGCGCUACCACCCACGGGAAAUCGACGAUUCCGUCGUCCUGCGGCAAAUCGGCCGUACUCGGGAACUCACAACGCAUCAGCGUUCGGCCCUUCGUGUCCUCAACAAGCAUCUCCUGCCGUCAUCCCAGAUCCGGUCAUAGCACAAGUCUUCAACUCGCUUUCAUCGUCAUCCGUCAAUAAUACGCAGGCCGAGGACUGUCUUAGCCUCAACAUCUGGGCUCCCGCAAAUGCUACGCGAGGAGAGAAGCUUCCGGUGCUUGUGUGGAUCUAUGCAGGUGGUUUUGAGAACGGACAAACGGCAGGGUUUGAUGGUGGUGUCGUGGUGCAAAGGGCGCUGAAUUUGGGCUUGCCCAUGAUUUAUGUGAGCAUGAAUUACCGCCUGUCACUCUUCGGCUUUCUCGGGGGUAAAGAAGUCAAGCAAGCUGGUGUAGGCAAUCUUGGUCUUCACGAUCAACGCCAAGCACUGCGUUGGAUACAAAGGUACAUCAGCGCCUUCGGUGGCGACACUAACAAAGUCACAAUAUGGGGCGAGAGCGCUGGAGCGAUUUCUGUUGCCUCUCAUAUGGUCGCGUACGGAGGGAACACCCAAGGUCUAUUCCAUGGCGCAGUCAUGCAAUCAGGAUCGCCUAUUCCUACCGGUGAUAUAACUACCAACCAACCUCAUUACGAUGCUGUGGUCAAUGAGACCGGCUGUGCCGGUGCUGCGGAUACGCUGCAGUGCCUCAGAGGGGUUUCUUUCGCCUCGUUGCAAGCUGCCGCGAAUAAGAGCCCAGGUCUAUUUACUCCUCAGUCGCUGAACCUGGAAUGGUUGCCUCUUGUGGACGGUGACAUUUUCACGGAAGAUCCUCAGGUUCUUGUCCAAAAAGGAAGCGUUGCAAAUAUACCCUUCAUAACAGGAGACUGCGACGACGAAGGGACUCUGUUCACGCUUGCGCUAACGAACCUCACCACUAACAACCAAACUCGCAAUUAUCUGCGCUCAAAUUAUCUUCCCAGUGCUUCGGAUGCACAAGUGGACCAAGUCCUCAAGCUCUAUCCUGAAGACCCCAUAGUAGGCUCGCCAUUCGAUACGGGCAUCGCGAAUGCUGUGACCCCUCAAUACAAGAGACUCGCGGCAUUCCAGGGCGACUUGGUCUUCCAAGCUCCCCGUCGGUUCCUCCUCGAACAGCGCUCCGGAAAACAGAACGCAUGGUCAUUCCUAUUCAAGCGCGGUAAAUUGACACCAGUUUUGGGAACUUAUCACAGCUCGGACCUGUCUGGAAUCUAUGAUUCUGUCGACGGAAACGAACUGAAGGAGUACAUCAUCCGUUUUGCUGUCAACUUCGACCCGAAUGGUGGGAAGAACCUUAAGUGGCCAAAAUACACGCCCGACUCACCCCAGCUGAUGACCUUGCUGGACGGGCUUAUACCCCUCACGCUCACAAACGAUACCUUCCGGAAGGAGCCUAUGGACUUCGUCACGCAAUUGUCGCUGGAGUUCCCUCUACGAUAG